CAUGAAUCGGUGGCGGAGGUCGGUGGGAGAGAUCCAAGCCAGGAAGAGGCUUGUGAAUGAGUGUGAGCAGGCGCAGGCCGCCUUCAUCAAACUCACCGCCUGCUUCCAGCAAAUGGCCACCUGCUUAGGGAGUAACACAGACGGAAGCCUUCUGAGAGACGAGCUGGAGGAAACCAGGGGACAGGCGCAUAAAAUAUGUACAGGGCUGCACCGGAGGCUGCUGGAGCUGCUGGUUGAGACAGAGGAAGGCCAGAAUGACCGCGUGCAGGUCGAGCGCAGCUGGGUGCUGCUCCUGUGCGCUUUGGAGAACUUCCAGCAUGAGCUCAAGAGAGUCACUGCACUCCAGGAGCUCUUUCCCAUUGCUGUGCAGAAGGACAAACAUGCCCUGGUUAACACAGGUGCCUCUGGAGGAGGCACUGAGGUGGCAGGUCGUGCUGCCAUGGUGCAGAGCCCUUGGGUGGUGAUGGAGUGCAGGGAGAAGCCUGACCUGAAAGGCCACGUGCUGGAGAUUGAGGCCCUGCUCCAGGAAAUGCUGCAGAGGGUAAACGUGCCACUGUGGUCAGUGGAGCCAAUGCAGAAAGCCUGGGCUGAGGGGACACAGGAAGCUGAUGAUGAUGACACCUUGGAGGAGAUGAUGGAGGUGGAAGUGGUGUCGCAGGAUGGAAAAUCAGGCUGCUGCAGUCAUUCCAACUGUAGACUAGGAUGCAUAUUCUGUUUGCUCAACUAG